AUGAUUGGUAGCAAUGAAUAUAAAAACAAUACAACAUCAAAUAAAUGUCUAUCUUUAAAAAUUAAUUCAAUAAGUCUAAAGCAUGAUUCAACAAUUUUUAAUUUAUGUAUAUCAGCAGCUUUUGUUACUAGAGCUGGACUGGGGUUGGGAUUAUAUUCCGCUGACCAUAUGCAAAUGGGGGGAAGUUCUAAAAACUUAAACACCAUAUCAACGACAUUGAUUACAAAAGAGAAUUUUAAGAAUUUUAUUAAAAAAAUCACUAGUACCCUGAGAAUAGAUACACAAAUAGGAGGAACUUAUAAAAACUUAAUCACCACAUCAACGACAUUGUUCACAGAAAAGAAUUUUAUUAAAACAAUCACAGGUACCUUCGGAAUAGAUGCGCAAAUAGGAGAAACUUCUAAAAACUUAUUCAUCACAUCAACGACAUUGUUCACAGAAAAUAAUUUUAUUAAAAGAAUCACAGGUACCUUCGGAAUGGAUGCGCAAACAGGAGGAACUUCUAAAAACUUAAUCACCACAUCAACGACAUUGUUUACAGAAAAGAAUUUUAUUAAAAGAAUCGCAGGUACCUUGGGAAUGGGCAACAUUAAAAGAUUUUUAUUUUUUAUAAUAAAACCUCUAGGAAUAAGUAACUUUCCAGUUAAAAAAUUGUUGCUUGUUCUCAGGAAAAUAUGUCUAUCCAACAAACAAUAUCAAAUAUCAGAUGCACGUUUUUGUGAUUGGGAUAUAUUCCUCUCAUCAAUCAAAAUUGGAAGUACAUAUAGUAAAAAUCAUCCAAUUUGA